AUGAACGUAGCACGCAAAGAAAUGUACUUACUCGACCCAUUGCUGUCGGCGUCCAAGUCAGGAUUUGGAGGAUACCUGCCAGUCCUAAGGAGUGUAAGCCAGACCAUUUAUCAAGGCCAGUGGACGGAAAAGACGGGCAGGGACUUGAAGGGCUUUCCAAAGCAGCCCUUCGGAAACGACUGUGGCAUUUUCAUGCUGAUGUCUGCCCUCUACUUGGUCUUGGAUGGUCAAUUUGAUUAUUCCGUGCACGAUAUGCCAGUGUUGCGCAGAUGGUGGUGCCUGUUGCUCCUCGAGAACCAUGGCCUAGACAGUCACGGUAAAGUAUUUGCGCACUGGACAAGAGAAUGCCAAGCACUCCUCACUGGAAAACACUCACCCAUCUUCAGGUUGAAGAGGAAAAGGGAUGAAAUUAUAUCGAAGGAAACCCGCUCGGUAAAGGAGAGGGAGCAGUUCAACAGGGCCAGGAAGAUUGUGGAGAGGAUCACUGCAGACCAACUGCGAUCUUUGGUGAAAAACUACUACCAGCGCUGCACCAUCCUCCCUGGAAAGUCUUUCCCCCACCCGUGCAGUCAGGCACGAGUCAGGAGUAUCCAAGAGACCCAGGAGUAUCCAAUCCACCAGGUCAAUUAA